AUCGCGGUGUUGCGCUGAGCUCUGAGUCAAGCAAGUUAGCCAAAUCACCAUCCAUCCAUAUUCGGUUCGAGUCGGAGCAAGAAGAAAUAAAAAUCGUCGCUGGACCGACGGAAAUUCCUUCGCUUUUUCGGGGUGCAAAUUGUGUGAAUUCAGUUGCUUUUCCUGCCGUGGUUGUUCGCGGACGGUUGUAAAUUUCAUUUGCGUGUGUUCGACGGUCGCGAAAAGCUCGGGAACGAAGCGAAAAAUCAGAAUUUCGGAAUCGAAUCUUCGUGUGGUGUUUAGUAGAAACGGCGAGAGAGAGGAAGUGACUUGCUGGAAGUUUUUUUUUUUCUGAGCGCGAGCUGUGUUGGUGUGUAAGUGUGUAUGUGAAUAAGCACAGCAAGGUGAAGCUGCGGAACGUCAGAAGCUGAUUGUUUAUUACCUGAUUGUUUUGUUAGCGGAGAAUUUUGAUUGGUUCUUGGUGUCGCCAGCGACUCAAAAAUGGAUAAGUUUAUCAGUAUGUGGAAAGUGCGAGAACUCGCUGAUAAAGUUACGAACGUCGUUAUGAACUACACGGAAAUCGAGGGUAAGGUACGCGAGGCAACCAAUGAUGAACCGUGGGGACCGACCGGGCCACUAAUGCAGGAGCUGGCACAUGCUACCUUUACCUACGAGCACUUUCCCGAGGUGAUGUCGAUGCUCUGGAAGCGGAUGCUACAGGACAACAAGACCAACUGGCGGCGAACAUAUAAGAGCCUGCUACUUCUGAACUACCUGGUGCGUAACGGCUCGGAACGCGUGGUGACCUCAUCCCGGGAACACAUCUACGAUUUGCGAUCGCUGGAAAAUUACACCUUCGUCGACGAGAACGGCAAAGACCAGGGCAUCAACGUGCGGCACAAGGUCCGAGAGCUGAUCGAUUUCAUCCAGGACGACGACAAACUACGCGAGGAGAGGAAAAAGGCAAAGAAAAACAAGGACAAAUACAUUGGCAUGAGUUCCGAAGCGAUGGGCGGCAGCAUGAGGUACAGUGGCGGUGGUGGUGGUGAAUAUGGGGGCUACCGAGACAGCUGGGACAGUCGACGAACAGAGGAACGAGACAAUGAAGGACGGGACCGAUUCGAAUAUGACUAUCAGUACGAUGGUGAGCGGGAGGAUUCGGAUACGGAAUCCAACGGGCCUUCUUCCAAUAGAUAUUACGACAAGGAACGCUCGAAGAGUCCAGCGACGCGCCAAUCAUCUUCCGUAUCGACUCAUUCGGCUGGCAUUUCAACAUCGUUGACGACAUCGACGACGGCCACGACGGCUGUAGAAAAGAAAAUAAACCUUAAUAUAAAGUCGCCCUCGGUAGCGGCAGCCACGGUGAAGGCGAAUGUGGCAGCGGCAGCAGCGAAAAGUGCGAAGAAAAUUAAUAUGGGAGCGGCCAGCAACUACGGCAAAUCGACUGAUCUAGGAAUCAAUUCUCCCACACACCGGAACACCCAUGCCGAGGAAGUAAUUUCUCCUGCGAGCAACACAAGCGGGAAGCAUAACAAUGAAAUCCUAGAGGACCUGUUCAACACCUGUCCGGCAACUAGUUCCUCGAAGUCGCCGAGUGAUUUGGAUGAUUUCAAUCCUCGCGCAGACGAUCCCAUUCCUCCCACUGGCCCCGAAUUCGGAGACUUUGAAUCGGCCUUUGGUGGAGCUAAGAAGCCGGCCAAGAGUAGCGACGAUUUUGCCGAUUUCACGGCUUUCAGAUCGGCACCAACAGCCACUGGUCCCACGAAUGAACUGUUCUUGGGAAUGAAUCAAAGCGUUACACCAGCCAGUGCGAUUGCUCCUAGCGGAAUGACCAUGUUUGCAACUCAUCAACAGCAACCUGCGGCAGCCACAAAUGAUUUGCUGUCAGAUUUGAGCGGACUGAGUCUUGGAAGUACCAACGCUGUCGGUGAUCGGCGCCGCCCUAGACGAAAGGAUCAACUGAAUCGAUGCUUCAGGUCGCUUAUGGAGCUGAUGCGAACCGUGCCGAAAAUCAAAUCCAAUGACGAUUUGGAGUCUAUUAGAGAUAACUUGGAUCGAUUGUUGGAAUGUCUGCCGGGACCCAGAACCCCUGAACGGUUGAUAAACGUUGAUGUCGAUGAUGAUGAUGCAGUGGAUUGGAUCCGGUUCGCUACAGAGGAAUAUCCAGAGCUAUUGUUCGAGCUAGUGACUAGAUUCGAUGAGCAGUUUCCAGGGAAGGCACCCGAUUUAGACGACAGAAUUUGGAGGAUUUUUAGUAUUGAUCAAAAUCACGUCUUUGUGUUGGAAGCCUUGCAAAUUUUGACGUCAGCCGAGGAGUUGAACAAGAACCGAGAAGUAUUUGUGCUAUUAUUGACUAGAUUACUUCAGGAGGAUGAUUACUUGGCAGGCUGUUUCAUCGAAUUUAGUUUAAAAGCGAGCGACGCAAGUGAUUUAGCUAAACAUAACCAGCGGAUAAAGUCCGAACAAAUGAUCCAGCUUCUAGUUGGAAUUCCAAAUAAGAUGGCCAACAUCCUACAGCGAGAAACGCCGGACAUUUUCCUCCCGAAUAAAUUUUCCCAGCUUUUAUUUCAACAACUGCUGAAAGCUAUCAAUUCGUUGGCUCGUAUCAGUCAGCUUCAUGCGAACCUAUCGUGGGAUUCAACGUUUCUCUCGAAAUUUAUUAGCAAACUGGUGACUGAUUUCAGUUUGGAAAGACGUUCGCCGUAUCUGCAGCUCUCACUGGAAAUUUUAUCAAUUUGGUCACGAUCCAAUGCUUAUCAGCAGAAACCGCUUAUCGUUUCGAUUUGUUCUGACUUAUCGCGUUCCGCAGUGGAAAUCAUUGCGCUGAUGGCGCUCGCCAAUGGGAUCGAUUUACUAUCGUUGCUCCCCUCGGACGGUCUCACCGGAGAAUGGCGCUAUGUCCUCGGACAGAAAAUUCCAUUAUUCACCAGUUGCUCGGAGGAUGCAGUUGUUGAAAAUUUAAUUUAUCUUCUGGCACGCAUUUCCGAUCAUAACGACGGCCCAUCGAUACUUGUUUCUCUCGGUCAGGAACUGAUCACCAUUUGGUCAAGUAGAACCAGCAUCCAGAGAACUUCUUUCGAGCAACAUCUAUAUCUUUCGAAGUUGCUUCUAUUAACCCUAGCUUACUUGCAUCAGUUCAAGGUUAGAAAGCUGACUUCCGCGGAAAUUUGCGAAUGGCGCAGGCUGCUUUUCGGUGGUCUCAAAUACCACCUGGAGUCGCCGGCCAAACAGGUGCGCUGUGUUGGGAUGAUUGUUUCCGAAGUGAUUUUAGGACUCUUUGAUCAAAAAGAUGUCAAGGAGGAAGAUCGACUUAAAUUCGACUAUGAGGGAUUGGACACGGAAACACUGCUGCUGGUGGAACGUUUGAGGAAUUUUAACAGCUGCUGCCAGUUUGUCGAAGAUGAUUUUUCUCAAAACAAUAUUUUCGGGGAGGAACAUUUGGACGAAUUAGUAGAGAAGUUGUUUGUGGAUUGUAUGUCCAAAGAGCAUAGAACGCCAAUCAUACCUUCAGCUUCCGAUCUUCUAUCCGUUGCUGACGUGGAAGUCUCGUUGAUGGAGCUUUCAAGCAGCAAAAAAACACUAAAAGAACGCCACCGCGAUAGCGAUGACUCAGAGCUGGAUUCGGACGAUGAUCUGCAACCGUACGACAUGACCAAUGAUAGCAAAAUUGAACGGGAAAAGUAUCGUCCCAAAUAUUUACUAGAUCUGCGAGAAAUGCUCAUCAACAGCUCAGAUCAGCAAGCGCUGGAGCAAUUCGAGUAUGCUGUACAAGCUGCCCCGGAGCUGAUCGAACAGCAACUGGCCAAUAACGAUGUCAAACUGGCACUGGAGCUGCUCCAAAUAUUCCUAACUCUGGAAAGUCGGUGCUGUAUGGAUAAUUUUGAAGAGCUGAAAUUUUCUUCCCUCAUCGCCAUAUGUACCACCUAUCCGAAACAAUGCGCCGAAUAUCUGUGUCGCGAAUUCCACGCCGAUCUCAGCAAAUACUCCCUGAACCGUCGAAUUCUGAUGCUGGACAUUCUAGCUCAAACCGCAAAAACGUUGUCAAACCAUGACCAACCGAAUCGAACAAAGAGUCUGGACCACUCGGACGACUCACGUCUCAAUUCGCCCAAGUCAGAAACACUGCAGAUGAAAUUCCGCGAGGAAAACGAGCUCCUUCGCAAACGACAACUGACCGAGGAAAUCAUUCGCGAACGGAUCGAACGAAAAACGCGACGCUUCGGCAGCCGACGACCGUCAGCAGCAUCAUCCGACCGCAUCGCCGCGAAAGAGAACAUAAACCGCUUCGCCGAGGUUGCCGGUUGGUUCUUUUACCCACUGUUGCGAGGUUUCGGUGCCAAUCGUUUCCUGUUUACAGCGAACCUCAAGUUUCAGUACGAUGCCGAUAACCUGCUGCUGACGACGUUUCUGCAAACUCUGUCGGUGCUAAUGUUGUGUGCGGAAAACUGUCCGGCUGCUGUGAAAUUUGCCAGAGAACUGCUGGAUUUAAGUGUGAUGAUGAGAUUUAGCGAAGAACCGAAGGUGCGACUGUCGGUGCUGCAGGUGCUAGCCUCGGUUUUGAUGGCCGUUCGGAAGGAGUUGCUGCGGCAGGAUUUCUACCUGGAUUUGAUGGAAUUGAAGCAGUGGCUGGAGGAAUGCGUACAGAGUAGUGUGGUGAGGAGUGAACGCAACGAGGAUUGUCGGGAGCUGGCGAAACAUGUGCUCGCGAUGUGCUACAAAGUGCUGGCGGAGGAGUGAAUGUGUUGCUCGUCCGUUGGUCGGUGUUGAAUUGUAACACAUGGACUGCUUCAUUAUUUCGAAAUAAAA